AUGUCUUGUGUUGUGGUUGCGACAAUUAAGAUUGUGCAAGAAGAGUAUGGUUGGUUUUAUGCUGCCUGUCGUAAGUGUUUCAAGAAGGUGAUGGGUAAAAGUGAAUACUUGCAGAAUGUUGAAAAUGUUUCAGAUGAUGUUGUUCGAUUGCCUGCGACUUCUUUGGUUUGUCCCAAAUGUCAUAGUGAAUGUACAUCGAUCACCACAAAGUUCAAGGUGCAAGUCCGGGUGCAGGAUGAGAGUGGUGGUGUUUCUUUUGUUAUGUUUGAUAGAGAUGUUCAGAAGCUUCUUGGAUUGGCGGCGAGUGACAUAAGAGAGAGGCAGGUUAAGGCCAAUGAUACUGGAUUCCCUCAUGAGAUAUUUCGAUUGGUUGAUAAGAAAGCUGCUUUUAAGAUUGUUGUUUCAGAGUUCAAUCUUAAAAAUGACUAUCGUGAUUAUACUGUCCAAAAAACACGUGAUGAUCCAGUAAUAAUUGCUGAGUUGGUUGGUGCAGAUGGUAAUGGUGAUGAAAAUACUGAUGAGGUUACUCAAGAGGUAGCUGACGUUAAAGAUGUUAACCUUUCAGAAUCUUCCCAGGUGUCUGCUGAACGAACUUCAAGGCUGUUGCCUACUGCUUUGAAAAAAAGGAAUUCUUAA